UAAGAAGAGUGAUAAUACAGAAAUAAAGUAGAAUGACUGUUCUAUGGCUGCUCCAGUUUUCCAUUGUGACUCUUCAAAUCGUCCUCGGAAUCCUGUUUUCCCUGGCAAAAGGAGACUUUUGUGGAAGCGUUUUCGAAACUCAACUGGAUCAUGCAUUAGCAGGUCAUGUUGUGUAUACGACUGUUGUUGUGGACGAGUUUGAAUGUCAGUUAAAAUGUAUGGGAAACAACCGUUGCAAGUCGAUCAAUGUUCACCCCAGUGACAGUAUUGGACAACGUAUCUGUGAGUUGAAUGAUAAAACGCGGCAGAUGAAGCCAGAGGAUUUUAGACAAAGGAUAGGAUCUACAUACUAUAGCUCUGCUCAGACUUCCUGCAUGGAUAUUUCUCGUGAGCAAAGGCGACCCACUAAGAGCGCUCAGUGUCAUCCGGGAUACCAAGGAACACGGUGCCAAAUGCCUCCCGUGAUGAGAGUAUUCAUCCGCAGCGAAGGUUGCGACGAUCUGGGAAUUACAGCAAACACUUGUGGCAUUGCUUACAUCAAAGUGAAUGGAAAAGAUUAUUCUCCACACAUCAGAGGCCAUAACGUGGUUGUUAUCAACGCUACGACAGGUACUGUACUAGGAGCCAAAGGAUUUGACACUCAUGCGAAUAGUUCCGCUGGUAUUCACCUGAGAGAUUACCUUAACGGAAUCAAAGGAAAAAAAAUCGUUUUGGUCGCCAUUCAAGAUGAAGGCUCGACAUACAUAUCACCAGCGAUUGACGCUCUAAAAAGAGUUGGCGCCACCGAUGACCUACUCAAUCUGACAGAGUUCAGAGGAUCUUUUGCUUUGGUGGGAUUCGCCGGUGUGAAUAGACCAUCUUGGAUUGCACAACAAAAUGCCAAGCGAGAAAGGGGACCCAGUGAGAUAUCUCUGACAAUCCCAUCAUCAGAAGCUAUUAAAGGCUUAUAUUACAAUCAGCCUGGCCAUUCCUGCAAGGACAUCCGGGACUCCGGAUAUUCCGUUGGAGAUGGGGAGUACUGGAUCGACCCUGAGAAGAACGGAAACCCUUUAAAGGUCUACUGUGACAUGACAACUGAUGGAGGAGGCUGGCUUCUUGUUUCCAACGUUGUGGUAGACGACCCAUCCUCGCGACAGCUUUGGAUUGCGUCAUCAUACCGCGAGAUCAGCAACUGCCACUGGAACAAAACGUUGUUCAUCACAGAAUAUGCCAUGAAAGAACUGAGAACAAACUUGUCUUUCACUCAGCUGAGAUUCCACUGCAACAAACAAAAAGGACGAAUGAUCCACGUGACCACAACUGCAAACAGCUCUGGUGAAGCUGUAGUCCAGUACUUCAGCGGUCAGACGGAUACGCGACCUUUGGCGUGUGGCUCGUUUAAUAGAAUGAAAGAUGAUAACUCCAAUAUAACUGGAGUCUGUCACCAAUGGCAAGGCCAGAAGUGGGGUCGUCUAUUGGCGGCAAAUGGGACAUUGAACGACCAUGCCUUUUAUGUCAGUUACAAAUAUCACUGGUCGUUGACUCCUGGAGAUCAAAGAUGGGAGUGUGACGACUAUAUUUAUGACGGAUUUUUUGCAUUGUCCUCUGGCGAUUUCUGGAAAGUCUUUGUUCGUUAAGGCCUGGAAACACCUACAUCCGCUUCCACUUUUCCUGUGAAACUUUUCUCUGCAAAGUAAGACGUCAUGAUCAUCGGAUAACUGUAACGAGCUUUCAAACUUUUUUUAUUUGUUUUUUAUCAUUCGAACAAUUUGCGAGGUUUUCGUUUUUAUAUUUCGUGUGUUAGUUUGUGGCCUGAAUGUCACGGAGGAGUUGGUAUUUCACCCCUUAAAUACCAUAGUAGUGACUAACUUAUAACUUCUCCAUACAGUAUCACCCUUGAAUUAAAUAUUGAGGUCAUAGGAAUAAAGGAAAUGAUCACCAGCCUAGGAAGUCCAUAACUGUCAAACAAAUUCUCCUCGGCAGCACCAUAGGAAAUGUAUAGAGAACAGAAUGGUGAACAUCCAUACUGAUGAUAGGGUGUUAAGAGUUAAAAUCUUUUUAUCUUUCAAGUAAACCCGACCCAAAAGAUUUGUUCAUCUAUCUGUUUUUUCACUUUUUUUCGCGGGACGUCAUUGUUUUAUUGCCGCGAAGGAGGAGGGGGGAGGGAGGGUGUCAGGCGGGGCUGUUCGGAGGAUUUUUGGGGAAUCGCAUGGUUUUCAGGCGAAGCUGAGAUGAUAUUAGUCUUUGGUAACAUAAUAUAUAAAGGAAGGACUGUAGAUAAUCGUUUGCAAAUGAUGGAGGGGGGGGAAGUAUUCAUAUACUACGGAGCCUUAGGGGACUAGGUAGAUUGUGUUGUAAAAUCCUCCGACCGAUCUCUACCCCAACCCUCCUCCCCCUUCUGGAGAUAAGAAAUGAUUGGUCCCUUAGUACGGACAAGCGAGUCUUUACAACACUUGGAGGUACCUUUGCUUUGACGUUGAGUUAAGCCUUCUUAAAAUCUCCUACUACAAUCAUUCAGGGAGAACUUAAAGACUAUUUCAAUUUAUCGCUCUGUUUUGAUUUGCAGUUGGUUUGCUAGUUUGAGUUUCUUUUUACAACCGUUGCUUUUAGAAAAAAUUGGUUGUUCAAGGUAAUUUCAUAACAAUAGUUCACUUAGAAAUGCAAAAUUUCAUUAGGAAAACUUGGAAUAGAAAUGCUGAGACAAAUUUGUUAGAAGAUGUAGUAACAUUGUUAAAAAAACACAUUACAGCAGGGUUGACGUAGCCAUUUCACACAUGAAAUUUUCAAAAUAAUAAAUUUCAGUACAUUUUGAUAUUUAAAAAGCUCAAGGUAAAACUAUUUCUAAAGUGAUUUUAAAUCAAUUUAUUUGUAAAUAUUUGACAUGUAGGUGAUUAUGCGCACAGACACACACAACCUUUUCAUUCCCGUUCCGUACCCAAACUUCAUUAGUGUGGGUACGGAACGACUUAACUAACUGUGUGCGAAUGGUCUUAGCUGGGUACGAAACCACUGGCAUCCGCCCGAGGUUGUCGGUGAAUUUCUUUGGGUUGUUAGCGAGCUGGCCUAGCAUUGGAUGUCGGCAAGCUGGCCCAAGUUGUCAGCGAGGGGGCCUAAGUAAUCGGCAAACUGGCCUUGGUUGUCGACACACUGGCCUAAAUCGUCGGCAAACUGGCCUAGGACACAGACACAAACACAACAUCAACGUAUAUUUCAAUAAGUCGAUAGAGUUUAAGCAUAUUACAUAAGCAUAAUACAUAAUACUGUACUCAUGAUAUUCUUUGCAGUGCUUAUAUUGCAUUUUGGUUUUUACAUAAUCUCAUUGUAAUGGUUUCUGAAAAAACCAUCAUUGUACG